AUGGAGGUUUGGAAAGUCCCAGCGUUCUCAGCGGCUGACCUUUCUCUUCCGGUGGCGGCUGGUGGUGCGGGCUGAGUUUGAGAAGGUCAGUCAAGAGUCAUGGCCAAGUCGAAGAACCACACUAACCAUAACCAAUCCAGCAAGUGGCACAGAACAGGGAUCAAAAAGCCCAAGUCUUAUCGAUUUGAACCCCUGAAAGGAGUUGAUCCUAAGUUUCUGAGGAAUAUGCGUUUUGCCAAGAAGCACAAUAAGAAAGGAGCUGGCAAGGUUGAAAGCAAAAAAUAAAACAGCAAUCUCUGCACAGACCAACAGUCUCAAUUAUUUAAUGUCUCCUGUUCUGUGUUUCAAAUAAGUUUAUUCAAAAUAAACUAAGAUGGAACUUUG